AUGCCUGCCUUACCACCCAAACAAGAGUCGCGCGGCCCAAAUGACCAGGGUUCAGCUACUUCGUCGAGUUCCAGUAAUGACUCCGAUGUUUCGCUCCAACAUAUGCUCCGGGAAGAUGGCGUUGAGUUGAAAGAUGUUAACCCCAGUAACAGAAGCACGGGAGUCCCACCGAUCGAGGAGGAUAUUAUGCAGCUUGCGAGAUUGGGGGAGAUAGGAGCUAUUAAGAAGCUCUUUGACAAGGGGAAAUACGAUGUGAAAUACCGGGACGAGGAAGACAUAACACCUCUUCAUUGGGCUGCUAUCAACAAUCGCUAUGAGCUCUGCAAAUUCCUUCUAGAUUCCGGCGCGGAUGCAAAUGCGAAAGGUGGCGAAUCUGUUGCCACGCCCGCAAUGUGGGCCGCCCAGCGCUGUCAUUAUUAUAUCGUAAAUCUCCUCCUCCAGUAUGGAGCAGACCCCCUCUUGACGGACGCCCAAGGCUAUAAUAUCCUACAUCUAGCAACGAUCGAUGGCAAUGCUUUCCUUCUUGUGCUCCUGCUACACCAAGAUAUUCCAGUAGACGUGGCUGACCCUCAAGGACACACGGGCUUGAUGUGGGCAGCAUACAAAGGAUUUCCUGCAUGCGUUGACCUUUUUCUUCGAUGGGGAGCAAAUGUAAAUGCUGCCGACGAGGGUGGGCUUACACCGCUUCACUGGGCUUUGGUCAAAGGUUCUGCGCCGUGUAUUUACAAAAUCCUGGAGUACGGCGCUGAUCGGUAUGCGAAAACGCGCGAUGGAAAGACGCCGGGAACUGUAGCAGAGGAAAUGAAAACAGUUUCUGCCUGGCAUCGAGCCUUAAGCGAAUCUGGGUAUCAACCAAAUGGCGAUGUAACACACCUACCACUUGGUCUGGCCCCGAUUUUACGAACGCGACGAUAUGUUUCUAAGUUUUUCUUUCUUUGGCCCUUUACUAUAAUCUAUAUUGCUAUUUGGAUUCUGAGUGAAUUCUCUAUUUUUAUUUCGAUACCCUUAGUGCUUAUUUGCAUCUUUGGCAUGCAGUGGGUGGCUCAGUGGGUAGCAAGUCGCAGCAUUUCCGAUUUCCGCUUGAUUCAAAGAACACCGUUUCUAGCAGGUGUGUUUGCAGGCUCAUUAUUCUGGGUUGGCGUCCAGUGGCUCUCAAGAGUCCUUCCAUACACCUAUUCCUCCUUUCCGUUAUAUAAUUUCUCUUUUGCUAUAUUUGCAACGCUCACUGGUUACUUCUAUUUCCUAUCUAUGCUUGAAGACCCAGGUUUUGUUCCCAAGGUUUCUAGCAGAAACCAGCAAAAGACCACUGUAAUGGAUCUCUUGGGCAUAUGGAAAUUUGAUGACGACAAUUUCUGUGUUUUUUGUUUGAUUAGAAAACCUCUAAGGAGCAAGCAUUGCCGACGCUGCAAGCGUUGUGUUUCAAAAUAUGACCAUCAUUGUCCCUGGAUUGAUAACUGUGUGGGAUCGAAUAACUUGCGUCACUUCGUUUUGUAUAUUUUUGCCUUGGAAAUUGGGAUCACUCUUUUCAUUCGACUCAUAUUUGCAUACAUUGACACCUUGCCCACACCUUCUGGAACGGAAUGUAACAUUAUAUCCCCAUCAUUAUGUGGUAUUAUCAAACGAGAUGCAUUUACUAUCCUCCUCACAGUCUGGACAGCGCUUCAACUAGUCUGGGUGACUAUGUUAUGUGUCGUACAGCUUGUUCAAAUAUCCCGUAAUCAAACAACUCACGAGAAUAUGAAAGGGCAUUCAAUCGAAUAUGCUGAUCCAGCCACCGGCGCUGUUACAUCUGCUAUUCUCACUGGUGGUGUUUCCGCGGCACCAGGAGCCAGUUCUUUGCCAACUUCGUCGGGUCAGAAACAGCAUAGCCACAGGCAUGGCGGUUAUUUCUCUCAAUGGAAGACACUGCUGGGCUUGGAUACCUUCAUGGCUACUGCUCAAGAAGGCCUCAGAGAUCGACGAGCAGCUCGCUAUCGCAACCCCUUUUCAUAUGGAAUUGCCACAAAUUGUCGUGAUUUUUGGUGUGAUCCCGCCCCAUAUUUUCGAAGGAGAGACCCUGGUUCCGCAAUGCUGAAUGGUGAAUUGGUAAAUUACAACCGCAUGUACGAGACCCCAUUGAGACUUAGAACAGGAGAAUCAGGAAUGGUUUAUAGAGGCGUUGCGACUGAUGAUAUUGAGACCCAAGUCUAA